GGGUUCUAGUUAUCUCUCUUCUUCUUCUUUAUCACGUGCAACCCACGUGUUUCACAAAGUAGUAUAAUUUCUGAACCGGUGGAGUUCUCUCCGUGAGUCACUUCGCCUCAGGUGCUGAUCUAUUUUCCCGGAAAAGCUAAAAAGAAACGCUGUGAGACUUGAGUCUCAGCUCAGGAAUUAUCAUUCAUAAUCAUCAUCAUCAACAACAACAACGAUGAAAACGAAAUCUCCUUCAGUGAUUCACGUUUCAUUUAUUAUUCUUAUUCUUCUAUUGGGUCUAACAAUUCACUCCACCGCUGAAGUCAUAACCCUAACCGUUGACACCUUCUCCGACAAGGUGAAGGAGAAGGACACGGCAUGGUUUGUGAAAUUCUGUGUUCCGUGGUGUAAGCAUUGUAAGAACUUGGGGACGUUGUGGGAUGACCUCGGGAAGGCGGUGGAAGGAGAGGAUGAGAUAGAGAUUGGAGAGGUUGAUUGCGGUGUGAGUAAAGCGGUGUGUUCCAAAGUUGAUAUUCAUUCGUAUCCCACAUUUAAGCUCUUUUAUGAAGGAGAAGAAGUUACUAGAUAUGGAGGAUCAAGGGACGUCGAAUCACUUAAAAAAUUUGUUAUAGAAGAAGCUGAACAGGCAGCAGCAAAAGCACAACUAGGCAGUGAUAAAGAAUUGUGAUAUUGUGUAAGGUGUGGGGCUUCCUACUCGAACGAGGGUCAUCAGCACUUUAUAGCAGAAUGGACCACCCGGCUCAGUGAGCAUCUUGUAAGUUCUAGCAAUUAUUAUUUAAAAGAUGGCCCCAUUUUUGUUCUUGUGGUCGGAGUUUGUUUAAUCAGGAAGAUACAGACUUAGAACUAAUCUUGACAGCAGAGAGAAUUAGUGUGUAUUAAUGCACGUCGAAUCUCGUGACAUUCUAUCUGAGAUUUUUUUUUUUUUUUUUAAUGAUUUGGAACAAAAUGAUAAAUCAAAGUUGUCAUAUUGUCAGACUUCCUUAUUUGGAUAUGGAAUGUAUCUCUAGUACAUCUUAUAAA